UGAGGGACCACGGCGGCAGGCUGACCGACGGCUGCAAGGGCUAGCCAGCCGGCCAGCGAGGGCCGAGGAGCCGCGUGCUGAGCCGCCGCCGCCGCCGUCCCCCGAUCCCGGCCUGACCCGGGCUCCGCGCCAGGAGACGACGGUCAGGAGGAGUCCAAGUCCAGCGAGCCGGGGGACCCCGACGGCGACUAGCCGGCAACGGCUGGAGAGAGGGGACGAGGAGGAUAGGCGGUCUCGCCGGGUACCCGGCAAUGGCGCUCGACUUCCUGGCUGGAUGUGCUGGGGGUGUCGCAGGUGUGCUUGUGGGACACCCGUUUGACACGGUCAAGGUGCGGCUGCAGGUCCAGAGCCUGGAGAAGCCCCAGUACCGAGGGACCUUGCACUGCUUCCAGUCCAUCGUCAAGCAGGAGAGCGUGUUGGGCCUGUACAAGGGCCUGGGUUCACCCCUCAUGGGGCUCACCUUCAUCAACGCGCUGGUGUUCGGCGUGCAGGGCAACACCCUCCGGGCCCUGGGCCGUGACUCGCCGCUGAACCAGUUCCUGGCGGGCGCAGCGGCAGGCGCCAUCCAGUGCGUCAUCUGCUGCCCUAUGGAGCUGGCCAAGACGCGGCUGCAGCUGCAGGAUGCGGGCCCGGCCCGCACCUACCGGGGCUCCCUGGACUGCCUGGCGCAGAUCUACCGGAGGGAGGGGCUGCGCGGCGUUAACCGCGGCAUGGCGUCCACCCUGCUGCGUGAGACACCCAGCUUCGGUGUCUACUUCCUCUCCUACGACGCGCUAACGCGCGCGCUGGGCUGUGAGCCAGGAGACCGCCUGCUGGUGCCCAAGCUGCUGCUGGCGGGCGGCACGUCGGGCAUUUUGUCCUGGCUCUCCACCUACCCUGUGGACGUGGUCAAGUCGCGGCUGCAGGCCGAUGGGCUGCGGGGCGCCCCGCGCUACCAGGGCAUCCUCGACUGCGUGAGUCAGAGCUACCGGGCCGAGGGCUGGCGCGUCUUCACCCGCGGCCUGGCUUCCACGCUGCUGCGCGCCUUCCCGGUCAACGCCGCCACCUUCGCCACUGUCACCGUGGUGCUCACCUACGCGCGCGGCGAGGAGGCACGGCCGGAGGGCGAGGCCGUGGCCCUGGCCCAGCCGUCCAGCCUGUGAAGCCCCGCACCCAGCUGGGCAGGGCCCGGCCUCCCCGGGGCCUCUUCUCAGCGACCUGACGCAGAGGUGAACUGGCACCGCAGCUGACCGCCCUGUUCAGCCGCCAUGGGCUGUGGACUCCCACGGGCCUGGGUUGAAUGCCACUCAUUAGAUGGGUUGCCUUGGCCACACACUUGACGUCCUCGGAUUUCUCAGCUGUGGAACGGGCCUCCUCACACCCAUCUUGUGCCAUCAGGAAGCUUGGUGAGGCCCGUGCAGCGUGCAGCACUGAGCCUGGACGUGUAGCCAAAACGCCAGCCCUUCUCUGAGACCCUGGCCACCACCCGCCCACGUGCUGAUCAGUGAUUCGCUAACCGUGGAUCCUCCACCUGGCAGGGCUCCAGGGUCGUUCCUUGGCCACCUGUGCAGCUCUGUCGUUAGGGACAGAGCAGCAGCCGGAGUGCUUCCUGGAGGUAUUGAGCUACACCUCAGCUUCUCUGUGUGGCACCGCUCGGAAUACUACCACUGGAGGCUGACCUGGGCAACCAGCUAAGAAGCCAUGGGCCUCCGGGAGGCUCCGUUAGCCUAAGGAUGGGAGUGAGGACUAGGCACAGGCUAGUGGGGCAGCUGUCACCAUUCCGUACAGCUGUGGCAGAGGGAAGGCUUUUCACCCUCUGGACCUCAGGCUACCAGUCUAGAAUGGGGACAUAGGUCAGCUGCUAUCUGGUGCUCUGGCCCACUACAUUCCCCAAAGUGUGCAGAGGGUCAGCAGUCAGCAAGGAGAUCAGUAUAGGAUCCCCACUCCCCAGCAAAUGGUGUCUUUCCGGGGCAAUCUCACGGUCCUGGUAUUCCUAUGAGGCCACAAAGGAACUGUUAGUGGCUCAGGUGUGAACUCUCCAGGCUGAGGGGGACCGGAGUUCACACUCUAGGGACUGUCUCCACAAGCCAGGGUGUGGUGUAAGCUUGGGGCAGCCCCAGCACAGGGAGUACCGUGUGGCCGACUGAUUGGACAGGGAAGCAGAUCGCUUUGCACAGGUUGGAGGUGACAGGCAUCCUUUGCCCUGAAUGGGGCUUGGCCUCCUGGGCAGUGUGACAAGCUGUCCCCAGAGGCGGGCUGUGCUCAAGAGGAAGACAAGACUCCAUCCUGUAUGCAUAUGGCAUCAUUGUACAGAAACCUCCCAGGGAAUAAAGUAUUAUUUUUU